GUUUCUAGUUCACUUGUGUAUUGUAUUGUAUAUACUGUUAUGUUAUGAACCUCUUCUUUCCCUCUAAAAAAGGAAAAUGGCGGUAGCGAUAAUGGUGUCCGCUCCAACGACCUUCAAUACGGUGAAACGUUACCGUUUCAGACGAUUAUGCUCAAAAAAUUGGGAGUCGCUCCAGUCUUCUCGCUCGACGAGUUUGCAGGAGAAAUGCGAGGAUUAUGCUGACAGACGUAAUGUGCACUAUUCUGAUUCACUUGCACAUGGCUUAAGUGUAGAAAGAUCGUCUCUGGUUCCCAAAGAAAAUUUUCUUGAGAAGAAACCAGAUGGGCUCUUGCCCGAAAACACUACCUUAUCAGCUCUGCUGCUACAUUAUGCUCGCAAUGGAUUGUUCUCUAAAGCAUUGAGAAUUUGGGAUCAAUUGAUUAACAGUUCAUGUGUGCCUGAUGCUGAAGUAGUUUCUCAAUUGAUCUUUAUAUAUGGUAGCAUUCAAGAUUUUAGCAUGGUUACCAGAAUUCUGCUCCAAAUGCAACUGAAAGAUGUUAAUCUACUGCACAAUAUUUUUAGUUUGGCUAUUUCUUAUUUUGGAAGGAGUGGGAGGCUGGAUGGCAUGGAAUUUUUGAUUAAGGAGAUGGUCUCGAUGGGUUAUUCUGUAGAUUCAGCAACUGGGAAUGCUUAUAUAUUGUAUAACUGUGCAUUUUGUUCGCUGGCUGAUAUUGAAGUUGCUUAUGGUCGUCUCAAGAUGUCAAGGAUUCUGAUUGAGGAAAAAAGUAUUAGGGCCAUCUCAUUUGCUUAUAUAAAGGAAAAUAAGUUCUAUGAUUUAGGUCGUUUCAUACAUGAUGUAGGUCUUGGAAGGAGAAAUGUUGGGAAUCUUCUUUGGAACCUUCUCCUACUAUCUUAUGCUGCUAACUUCAAAAUGAAAAGCUUGCAGAGAGAAUUUGUGAGAAUGGUGGAAGCAGGGUUUAGUCCCGAUCUCACUACAUUUAAUAUUAGAGCACUUGCGUUCUCUAAAAUGUCUUUGCUGUGGGAUCUGCAUUUGAGCCUUGACCAUAUGAGGUAUGAAGGUGUGGUUCCUGAUCUUGUGACUUAUGGUUGUGUUGUUGAUGCCUACCUGGAUAAAAGGCUUGGAAGGAAUUUGGAUUUUGCCUUGAGCAAACUCAACUCCGAUGAUAUGGUGUCAGUACAGACGGAUCCACUAGUGUUUGAGGUUAUGGGAAAAGGAGACUUUCAUUUGAGCUCAGAUGCAGUUAUAGAGUAUACGAAGAAAAAGGACUGGACCUACAAAAUGCUUAUCUCCAUCUACCUGAAGAAAAAGUUCCGGAGUAAUCAAAUAUUUUGGAAUUACUGAUGAAAUGAUGAGUAAUCCUCAUUAUCAAUUGGAUCGAAUGCAUUCUUGUAGUUUCUUUCUGUCAGCUCAAACUCUUGCUGAUAAUUUAGGUUCUCUAUUUUCAGCAGGCAUACUCUUCGGCCCUCGGUUGCUAAACACUACCUGGUAUUGCUAUACAUGGGCUGAGUUGGUGAAAUUCUAUGUAGAAUGGACAGGAACAUUCAUCUACCUUGGAUGAAAAUAGUGCAUGAGCUGGUCGGAGAUGGUGCAUAAGUAGGAUCAUUGAACAUACAGAAUUUGUAGAGGCAGUUUAUUUAAGGUUGCUUUGAUUCUUGAUAUAAACUCUUAUCCCAACUGAUGAUGUUCCGAUUAAACCUUUUAAAAGAUGAAGCCUGCAGAAAACCUGAGGACAUGUGGUAACCAAUAGUGGAAUUUCAUUUUUUUUUUCAGAUUUUCAUCCACUAGAGAUUUGAUAGAAAAGGAAGGAUAUGGGCCCAGUGUUCAUGUCAUAUUUUAUAAGGGUUAAAUGAAAAGUUGUCCCCUGUAGUUAGUGUAUAUUUUCAUAAUUUAUCAAAAUUUAGUUUUACUUUGUAUAA